AUGGUACGCUCUCUAAUCGCGGCCACACUGGCCUCGGGCCUGGCCACUGUGGCCCUGGCCACAAAGAUGGAGAGGCCCCCGUGUGGGAAUGUAGGCAAAACGUUUGAAUAUGUCGGCUGUAUCAAAGACGGCAGCCCCGCCGCCCUCCUCAUGCGGUCCAGCACCGACCAGAGCCAGAUGACGGUCGAGAAGUGCUCUGCCGUUUGCAAAGGAAAUGGCUUCCGAUACGCUGGCCUCAAGUACUACGGCGUCUGCUUCUGUGGCAACACUCUUGGCGGCAGUGCCGCCGACGAAAGCGUCUGCUCGCUUCCCUGCAGCGGCGACAAGACCCAGAAGUGUGGAGGAAACGCGGCGCUGUCCGUUUGGGAGGACAAGACCUACCCCAAGAAGCCCGAGAAGGUCUCUGUUCAGGAUUACAAGCCGAUUGGCUGCUUCACCGACGACACGAACAAGGGACGGACGCUGACAUGGUCCGGCGGCGUCGACCCGGCCACCGUCACACCUGACACAUGUAUCGCCGCGUGCAAGGCCAAGGGAUUCCCCUAUGCCGGCACCGAGUUUGGAGGUGAAUGCUGGUGCGGUACCUUGCUCAACCCGGCAACCACGACGGUCAAUGACUCGGAGUGCGAUGCUGCUUGUCGCGGAAACAGCACCGAAUUAUGCGGCGGCCGUGGUCGUUUGAGCGUAUACGAGGCCAAGGAUCUCUUGUCUUCGCAGCCAUGCGUACCUGUGGCGCCCGGAAAUCCGGGCGAGCUGCCCGCCACUAGUGAUGGCUCGAGCCCGUCCAGCUUGCCCAGUUUUACACUGCCCGCGUGUUCCGCCCCAGUUACUGUGACUGUCACGGUCUCGGCUGGGGUUCCUGCGCCAACGGGACCCGACGCAACUGGCCCGGCCCCGACCGGCCCUGACAGUACCGGCCCUGCCCCAACUGGACCCGAUGCAACUGGCCCUGCCCCGACCGGCCCUGACAGUACCGGCCCUGGCCCAACUGGACCCGAUGCAACUGGCCCGGCCCCGACCGGCCCUGACAGUACCGGCCCUGCCCCAACUGGACCCGAUGCAACUGGCCCUGCCCCGACCGGCCCCGCUCCUACAACAACGCCAAUUACAUGCACAAGCAUCCUGACCGGCACCGACUGCCUGCCUGCAGCCACUGGUAUGCCCUCAGAGUCAGGUCUCCCUGGUACAGUCAUUACAUGCACGAGCGUCAUGACGGGUAGCCAAUGCACGCCUGCUCCUACUGGUACGCCCGUCGAGUCUACUGGCACCGACUCGACUGGCUCGGCCCCUACUGGUACCGGCACAUCCACCGUCGCUGAUUCCACGGUUCUUCCUACUGGUACCGACACUACUGGGCCCGCGCCAACUGGCGCUGAAACCACCGGACCCGUCCCUCCUACGCCUGUUACCUGUACUACUGUACUAACCGGCAGCGACUGCUUACCUGGUGCCACCAAUAUGCCUGGCUACACCAGUGGCGUUGGCCCUUCCAUGUCUGGCCCGGCGCCUACAGGCCCAGCUCUUAGCACCACUGCCUUGACAUGUACACGCACACUUACUGGUGGUCAGUGCCCGCCGACUCCCACCACUGCUCCUGGCCAGCCUACUGGGCCUGAGAACACAGGAACUGCUCCUACUGGGCCCGAGAACACAGGAACUGCUCCUACUGGACCUGAGAACACAGGAACUGCUCCUACUGGGCCCGAGAACACAGGAACUGCUCCUACUGGACCUGAGAACACAGGAACUGCUCCUACUGGGCCCGAGAACACAGGAACUGCACCUACCGGACCUGAAGCCACUGGAACUGCACCCACAACCACGCCUGUUACGUGCACUAGCGUGUUGACCGGUACCCAGUGUGGCCCAACUCCAACUGCACCAGGCCAGGUCACUGGGUCUUCGGGACUUAACGCCACUGGCCCGGCUGCUGUCGUUACAUGCACAACUGUGCUUACUGGCAGCCAGUGUGCUCCUGCUCCAACGACGACUCCUGGACAGCCUACCGGCCCUCUGCCUACUGGCGAAGAGUCAACUGGCGUGCCCACUAGUCCUCAGCCUACUGGCGAAGAGUCAACUGGCGUGCCAACUGGUCCUCAGCCUACCGGCCCUCUGCCUACCGGCGAAGAGUCAACUGGCGUGCCUACUGGUCCUCAGCCUACUGGCGAAGAGUCAACUGGCGUGCCCACUGGUCCUCAGCCGACUAGUCCUGCACCCACAUCCACGCCUGUCGUUACAUGCACAAGCGUGUUGACCGGCACCCAGUGCGGCCCAACUCCAACUGUACCAGGACAAGUUACUGGACCUAUCAUGUCUGGACCUAAGGCUACUGGAACAGCAGUUGUUACCUGCACAACUGUGCUUACUGGUAGCCAGUGCACUCCUGCUCCAACGACAACUCCUGGACAGCCUACCGGCCCGGAGUCAACUGGUGUGCCCACAGGUCCUCAGCCUACUGGCGAAGAGUCAACUGGCGUGCCCACUGGUCCUCAGCCGACUAGUCCUGCACCCACAUCCACGCCUGUCGUUACAUGCACAAGCGUGUUGACCGGCACCCAGUGCGGCCCAACUCCAACUGUACCAGGACAAGUUACUGGACCUAUCAUGUCUGGACCUAAGGCUACUGGAACAGCAGUUGUUACCUGCACAACUGUGCUUACUGGUAGCCAGUGCACUCCUGCUCCAACGACAACUCCUGGACAGCCUACCGGCCCGGAGUCAACUGGUGUGCCCACAGGUCCUCAACCUACUGGCGAAGAGUCAACUGGCGUGCCCACAGGUCCUCUGCCUACCGGCUCAGAGUCAACUGGUGUGCCCACAGGUCCUCUGCCUACCGGCCCAGAGUCAACCGGCGUGCCCACAGGUCCCCAGCCUACCGGCUCAGAGUCAACUGGUGUGCCCACAGGUCCUCAACCUACUGGCGAAGAGUCAACUGGCGUGCCCACAGGUCCUCUGCCUACCGGCUCAGAGUCAACUGGCGUGCCCACAAGUCCUCUGCCUACCGGCCCCGAGACUACCGGCCCGGCGCCCACUAUAUGCACAAGCGUGUUCACAGGCACUGACUGCGCGCCAACUCCCACAAUGCCCAGCCAGUCCACUGCACCUGACGCGAGCGGCCCGGCCGGCACCGCCAUCGUCACCUGCACUAGCACAUUCACUGGUAGCCAGUGUGGACCAACCCCUACAACAACUCCUGUUUCCACGCUCCCGGGAACCACCAUCGCCUCCAGUGUCACAGAUACCGCUCCUACCGGCCCUCUGCCUACCGGCCCAGAGUCGACCGGUGUACCAACUAGUCCCCAGCCUACCGGCCCCGAGACUACCGGCCCGGCGCCCACUAUAUGCACAAGCGUGUUCACAGGCACUGACUGCGCGCCAACUCCCACAAUGCCCGGCCAGUCCACUGCACCUAACGCGAGCGGCCCGGCCGGCACCGCUAUCGUCACCUGCACUAGCACAUUCACUGGUAGCCAGUGUGGACCAACCCCUACGACAACUCCUGUUUCCACGCUCCCGGAAACCACUGUCGUCUCUAGCUUCACAGAUACCGCUCCCGUCCCCUCAGGAACCACUGUCGUCUCUAGCUUCACAGAUACCGCUCCCGUCCCCUCAGGAACCACUGUCGUCUCUAGCUUCACAGAUACCGCUCCCGUCCCCUCAGGAACCACUGUCGUCUCUAGCUUCACAGAUACCGCUCCCGUCCCCUCAGGAACCACUGUCGUCUCUAGCUUCACAGAUACCGCUCCUGUCCCCUCAGGAACCACUGUCGUCUCUAGCUUCACAGAUACCGCUCCUAUUCCCUCGGGGACUACUGUUGUGUCCACGGUCAGCGUCCCAGGAACUACUCUCACUACAACAUUCAGCAUUCCAGGAACUACUAUUGUUUCCACUGUCAGCGGGUCUACAACAACAGUAUCUGGGCCGGCAACUACCUUUGUUUCCACUCUCACGCCGUCCACUACUCUCGUGUCGACUGUCCCCGGAACAACCGCCGUCACAACUGUCAGCAUCCCCGGAACAACGGUCAUCACGACCGUCACCGAGUCCGCGCCGGGAACCACUCUCGUGUCCACGGCUAGCGUCCCGGGAACCACUCUGACCACCACUCUCAGCAUCCCAGGAACCACGCUUAUUUCCACCAUCAGCGGGUCUACAACGACUGUCUCUGGGCCGGCAACGACGUUUGUUUCCACCCUCACGCCGUCCACAACUCCCGUGUCGACUGUCCCCGCAACGACCGUCGCCACCACCGUCAGCAUCCCGGGAACGACCGUCGUCACGACCGUCACCGAGUCCGUGCCGGGCACGACCGCCCAGACCACCACUCCUGCCACGCUGACGUCGUCUGUCGCGACGAGCGCCACCUUUGUCACGUCGGCGCUCUGCACCACCACGGCCACGGUUCCCUCGUCGAGCUGCGAGUACAGGAUUGGAGGCUGGUGCGCCCCCCCGGUGCCGGAAUGGUCGGACAAGUUGGGCUGCAUCAAGUCGGCCGCCCAGUGCAAGCUGCAGUCGGCCUCGUGCUUCAAGAGCGCCGGCCUCGCGGGUGCCGCCGAGUGCUUCAAGUAUAUCGAGUUCUGCAAGUCCAUCGAGCUCUGCUGCCUCAAGUGCGUCUUUGGCUCGUGCAGCAAGAGCCAGUGCGUGUCGCCGCCCGCGGGAGCCUCCGUCACCACCAUCGUCGCUCCGUGCGCGCCGACGCCGGCGCCCGGGUGCCCUCCCAAGGCCGCCAGCAUCUGCCAGAGCGUCGCCAACCCCAUCUGCGGCAUCCCCAUGCCCGUCGUCAACUGCAACGACAACCCGGACCAGUACGCCUCCAGCCCCAUCAAGCUGUACAGCAACGCCGUGAGCGCCAACUGCCCCGUCUUCCCGCUCGCCCAGGCCCCCAGCGCCUGCGCCCAGGCCUGCAAGACCCAGUACGACCAGUGCAUGCAGUUCAACUGGAACUGCCCGGCCAUGAAGCGCUCCGACUCGGGCGAGCUGGUCCUCCCGACCACCAAGGGCCCCUUGCGCCGCACCCUCGGCCUUCUCCUGGGCAAGAGCGGGAGCAGCCAGAGCGGGAGCCAGAGCGGGACGUGCCAGACGCAGUACGAGGCUUGCUUGGCCGCCAACCAGAACGUCAACACGAGCCAGUGCCAGUCGCCCGGCGCGUGCUGA